AUGCCAGGACCAAUCUUGCACUCAAAGUUUGACUCUAAAAAUGCCCAUUUGGCAUCAGCAAUACUAUCUUUGGACACACACCAGGUGCAAGUCAAGUCAGUUCACCCCUCACAAGCAUCACUCAAUACUGCAUUUAAUCUUGAUAAAUCGAAUAAAGUUUCCAAUUUAGCGUGGAUAUCUAUUUCACAAGACUCAGUUGAACUCUUGGCAUUGUGUUUGGAGAAUGGAAGUAUAUUGAUAUACUCACCGUAUACGAAUGACAUCAUUUCUGAAUUAACUACACCAGCAAAUGUUGCAGUCUUGGAUUUCCACUACUCAAAAGUCACGAAAACCGCCUGGUCUUGUGAUGUACAGGGUGGUAUUUACGAAUGGGAUGUUAUACUGUACAAAUUACUACGCUCGUUCAAAAUGAAUGAGUUUGUCGAGUCGGUUGAAUCUAUAAAUCGAAUUUCGAGUUGUAUUUUCAACUCAGAACCUCAUUUACUCCUAGCUUCCAAUUCAAUCUGCUUGUACAAUCUCAAAACCAAAGAAGUUAGCAAAACAUUUCCCGGACACAUUCAGCCCAUAAACAGCAUUGUUUCCCUCCAAGAUGGCAUGUUUUUAACAAGCGCCAAGGGAGAUCGAUUUAUAAACUUGUACGAGUUGAACAAGACCACAACAAAGGCUAUUUUUGUUGCUCAGGAUGCUGUCGUGAGCUUAGCCAUAGGAUCUAAUUCGAGGGAGUCGGUGUUGGCCGCAAUAGUGGAGAAUGGAAGUGUGGAAGUGUUUAAUGGACCGCUUUCAGAUGCGAACCUCCCAGUAGCCACUCCAUCAAGAAAGAAGAGAAAACAAGUUGGUGCAAUUACUCACUCGGCUAAUUCGACUAUAAAAUUGGCCAGGUCCCCGGCAGAAAGUAAGAACCCUCAGGACUUAAAUCUCGUCAUCAACGCAAUCACCGUUCAGGACGAUUCUUUGUUAUUCACGUGGUUGGAAAGUGGUACUAUCCCCUUUUUCGAUUCAGUAAAGUGGACAGAGUCGGGAAAUUACUUGCUUCGUCAGAGCAAGACUAUUAUCAAAAACAAAGCUGAUUUAAAGCCAAGUCACAGCGCAUCGGAACAUGGCCACGAUGUGGCGGCAUCAAAGCUUUACAACGAAAGCCACGCAGUGGUCAACGAUGGAACUAGCUUGGCGGAUAUUGACGACGAAUCUGACGAAGAGACUUUGGCAGAAAAAUUUGAUAAACUUGCAAUGAAUAAGCAGCAACCGCAACGUAAAAGGAAAUUGGAGGAGAAUAGAAAUGGGAUCUCAUUGUCGAUUAUUUUGUCACAAGCUCUCCAAAACAAUGAUCACUCUUUGUUGGAAACGGUUUUGCAAACUCGUGAUCCCCAAUCGAUACAAAACACCAUCAGCAGAUUGAAUCCGUACUCAUCAGUGAUAUUGUUGGACAGAUUAAGUGAGAGAAUCCAACGUCAAUCAUCCAGAUUUACUCAAUUGAACUACUGGCUCAAGUGGAUCUUGGUUAUUCACGGGUCUGUCAUUGCCAGCUUGCCAAACUUGAACCUGAAGUUGUACUCUUUGCAUUCUGUGUUGGCAAAGAAAUCGGACACAUUGCCAAGACUUCUUGAACUACAGGGGAGAUUGAACUUGUUGUAUGAUCAAUCAUCUUUGAAACAAGCCAGCAAAGAGCCUGAAUUGGAGGAAGGUGAGGAGGAGGUUGAAUAUAUUGAAGAUCUUGAUGAUGCUCAAUUCAAUGGUGAAAUAGAUGUUGAUAUAGACGACGAAGCAAGUGAAGAAAGCGACAUGAGUGGCGAAGAAGACGAUUAUGAGGAGGAGGAUGACGACGGUGAAAAAGAACAAAUUGCGUCCAUUGAAGAUUUGGAAAACGCAAGCGAUGUUGAAAUUUAG